AUGAAAUUCGAAAUUAGCAUAAUCAUCAGUAUUAGUUUUCCUAAUUUCGAGGGAUGUUACACAUAUAUUGGGUUUGCAGCUCUCAACGGACAUGACAUACCAGGAACUUCUGAUGAUUCUGGGAUUGAUAAUAUGCCGAAACAUCAUAGGCCAUAUACAAAAUUAUCUAAUGUUGAAGAAAAGCUGAUAAACUGCAGUCCAGCAACCAAACAUUCUAUCAAAUCCCGAAUAAAAGCAUUUCUUCCUGAAGAGAUAUACAGAAAGAAGGGUAGACAUAAGAGAAGCUCAACCUGUCCUGUAAAGUCACAACUAACACGUGUCGAUUCAGUUCAUCACUUGGAGGUUGAUCCACUUAGUGAACUGUUAUUAACUGUUGAGAGUCCUGAACCAGUUCUGGAAACCUUUCAAAACCAUCUUGCUGCGGGCACAUUGGAUGUAUUGUCACCAGUUUUCUCUGAGAAACCAAUUACCAACCAUGACAAAUGUGUAGACUGUGGUACAAUGUUUUCUAGUGACAAUUUGGAACAUUGCAAGACUCAUAAACAUCAUAAGCAAUGUACAGAUACCAAAAACUUGAGCUCUUCUGAUCAAGGUGUGCCAGAAGAGAAGUUGAUGAAUGCAAAGAUUCUUACAACUGAUGCUUCACCCCAUCUUUUCAAGGAUUUUCUUGAUGCUCUUGAUGUAAUCAACACAAACAAGGAUUUUCUAUUAAAAUAUAUACAGGAUCCAGGUUCUCCUUUGCCAUUCAACAUUCAUAAUCAACCGUCUUUUGGUAGUAAAUCAAGACGAGCCAAAUCUAUCUCAUUUCCUGUAUCUGGUUCAUCAUCAGGAAGCAAAGAUCCUGAGCCAGGCCAACUCAUAAACAAGAUGGUAGAUGACUGGUUCAAUGCAAAAGGGGAGGAGACACAGUUACAACUUCAAAGUCAGAUGCAAAACGUAUCCAUGUCUCAGUCUUCAGGUUCUUCACAAAAAGUUGAUCAAUUCCUCAAUCAAGAGAAAGAAUGGACUAAAAGAGAUUCUAAUUCUUCAACAGUUUCGUCCCAGGUUCCCAACCAUGUAAAAGCUAAGCAUUUCAAGGAUUUUAGAAAGAAGUUAAAGCAUAUAAUUGAAGAAAGCAAAAAUGAGAAGCAUCGCAUUACCAAGGAUGCGAUACUUGACAAAAUUCCUCAUGGAAAUAGGCUUUCCAAGAAUGUAAGGAAGUAUAUCCAUGACAAAUCCAAAGACCCCACAAUUAAUGAAGAAGGAAAAGACAGUGCCACAAGUGGUUAUGGUACUCGUUUCUCUAAUUCCUUCAACAAGCGUCAACUAUCAGCCAUGAGGACUUCAUCUCUAAAAGAAUCAGUUGGUAGAUAUUCUCAGCUGUAUGAGACAUGUUUCAACAGUGAAGUCAAGUUUCCAAAAAUUGAUAGCUUAAGAUUGAGAACAGAAGAGAGAAGUUCAAUACUAAAGACCCCAAAAUCCUUUAAAAGGUUUCUUUCGUUACCUAAUCUAAAAUCUUACUUCCAGCAGAGUGAAGAGCCUCCUGUUCUUUUAUCUCCCCAGGAUUCAAUAAGGAAAUAUGGAGAUAGAACCACAAACACAAGUGUUACCGAUCAGCAGAGGAGGAUUGGCGCUAAUGAAGACUCAGAGAGUCAAAUUUUGCCACCUACACUUGCUGAUAACACAAAUCAAGAAAGCACCUUGAAUGCUGACAAAAAGCAACUUUUUCUCAGAAGUGCUUCUAAAUCAGGGUUAAAUGUUGAUGAUGAGGCAAAGGCAGAUAAAAUCAUAGGAAUUGAUGGUUUAGAAAACUUGAGAGACAGUGGUCAACCUGUUUGCAAUGAACAGGAUGCUGGACCUGCAACAGAAUCUGCUACUAUGCUAGUUGAAGCAAACUCAGUGUUCUCUUCUGACAGCUUCCUAGAUGAUACAUUUGAAUUUGAGACGUUAAACGAACUUGAAGAAACAAUUUCAGAAUUAAAGCCAGGGCCGGAUGAUGGAUUGGAUAAUAUGGCUGAGCAACAAGAGGAGGUGGUUGAGAAUGGAGAGAAUUUUCAGAACCUUGGAACUCUAAGCAAACGCUUCAACUAUGAAAUUCCAUGUAUUGAAGUGGAUACAAGUAAUGAAGCUGCAUUUAAUUAUGUUAGAAAGGUUUUGGAGCUCUCUAGUUUCACUGGCAAUCAAUCCCUUGGGAUAUGGUAUUCUGAUGACCAACCAGUUGAUCCUUCAGUGUAUGAAGAAUUGGAAGGUUGCUUGCUUCUGGAUCCUGAUUGCUCUGGUAAUUGUGAUGAAGGUGGACAAUGUAAUCAUCUACUUCUUUUUGAUAUAAUCAAUGAGGGAUUGUUGGAGAUUUUUGGGAGAUCAUACAACUAUUAUCCCAGACCCUUGUCUUCGCUCUGCCAUGUUCAUCCAUUGCCAGCAGGAGACAAUGUUCUCCAUAAAGUAUGGACACUUAUUAGCUGGUAUCUGAACUCAACAUCUGAGGUUUACCCUUCAUUGGAUUACUAUGUGAGCAGAGAUCUAGCAAAAAAUGAUGGGUGGAUGAAUCUUCAAUUUGAUUCUGAAUUUGUGGGGCUUGAGCUAGAUGACUUUAUUUUUUAUGAUCUUUUGGAGGAAAUUAUCUGCACUUGA